AUGGAUUCCCAGAACCUGUUCGAUAUCAAGGGGAAAGUGGUGCUGGUCACCGGUGGAGCUAAAGGCGUUGGUCGAAUGAUUUCAGAGGGCUUUGUCGCGAAUGGUGCCACCGUCUAUAUCUCAUCUCGCGAUGCCAAGGCUUGUGGAACUGCGGUGAACGAGCUGAAUGCUCUCGGAAAGGGCAAAGCGCAUGCCAUCCCAGCCGAUUUUUAUAAGGAAGAAGAGAUAAAGAGGCUAGCUACAGAGCUUGCCAAGCGUGAAAGUAGUGAGUUCCCAGCGAUUGAGAUAGCGCCGACUGGUCUAAUAUCCAAACCAGAGCUUCAUGUCCUCGUCAACAACUCCGGAUCAAACUGGGGUGCCCCCUAUAAUGAAUAUCCAUCCGCUGCCUGGACUCGGGUCCUCACUCUUAACCUGCAUCGGGUGUUCGAUUUGACACAGGCUGUCACCCCGUUGCUAGAGAAGGCAGCUUCAGCUGGCGACCCAGCUCGUAUUAUCAACAUUGGUAGUGUUGAUGGACUUCGAGUCCCCGCUUUAGAGACAUUUGCCUACAGUGCCAGCAAGGCCGGUCUGCAUCACCUGAGCCGAGUUCUCGCUCAUCAUCUUGGCAAAAGAAACAUUACAUCGAAUUCACUCGCAUGCGGCCCAUUCCAGAGUAAGAUGAUGGCGGCUACUUUGGAGACCUUCCGGGAAACCAUCGAGGCAGGUAUCCCGCUGGGUCGUAUUGGUACCCCUGAGGAUGUGGCCGGCGCUUGCUUGUUCCUGAGCAGUCGGGCAGGAGCGUAUGUCAAUGGAGCGACCAUUUCUCUAGACGGUGGAAGCGCUAUUGCCGCCCGACUAUAA